AUGACUCUAUCUCCACAACCCUCAUUGGGAGAAGUCGCUGGGCGCCAUCACAUCUACGGCAAAACCAUCGGACUAUUGUCUAGAUCCAGCCGGGUUAGAGUAUUAUUCUGCCCAACUCUGGAGAAUCUACGCGCUUGCUUGUCGGUAGUAGGGUCCCAACGUAUCCCUCAGGUUGAAAAGGAAUCACACGAGCAGACCGAAGCACGGCCUCUAUUGGCGGUCCUUGAUUCCCUAUCUCUCCAUGCCCCAACCACGGAAUUCUCCGCGCAAGGUCUGUCCAAAACCUUUGCAGCACUGGCAGAAACCUCCUUCAAAGCAGACAUGGACCUUGUGCUCUGCGAAGGCCAAGACUCAACGAACCAUGAAGGCUCACCGUGGAAUGCACAGGUGCCCAUGCUGAAUAGUACUGUGCGUGUCUCAGAGGAAACCGCCCUCUUUCGACGAACUGUACCCGUGAAACGAGUCGCAGAACGUUGGUUCGAGUUCAUUGAGAAAAACUAUGCCACUGCAGGCACCGUGGAUGAUGCAACGGGUAAUGCUCAAACGCACACUGAGAUAGAAGAGGACAGAGAUUUUCAAUAA